AUGGCACACUGGGCAUGUCUGAGUCAGCUGCUGUUUGUUAUCUCCAUGUUACGGACAGUGUCAGCGUCAGCCGCCCACGUCAGGGGAAGACAGAACAGUCCCAAGUCAGUAGUGACAUCAAGUUAUUCCGUCCGGCAGUUGGCCUCGCUGAACUUCACCAGCAACAUCAAGAAAUACAUCGACCAUGAGCAGUUCAGGCUUCGCGUUAUCAAGAAUUUUACAGGAUACGAAAAUGAGGUCCCAUUGGUAAAGAAAAGACUGGCAGAACUAAAAAUAAUUCAUAAAAGUUUACUCAAGAACGCAACAGCCAAUAGCACAUUAUACAAAAGUCUGCUAGAGAACCAUCCGACCUCCAUUCAGGCCGCAGUGAGAAAUUUUCUGGCAGUAUGGGAGGACAAACUGACCAACACAACCUUGUACGGUGCACGUCUUCGAGAGUUUCUGGAGGAGAACAUCACGAUUCCUCUGCCUACUCGAGCUGAUCUGCACAUCAUUGCCAAGGCGUUGAUUAUUCUGCAAACUGCCUACAAUCUGACAGUCAGUGACCUUAUCAAGGGUCGAGUGUUGGGGAAGAAAGGUGAACCUCUAAGCCAGGCGGAUUGCUAUGAUACAGGUAACAUGAAGUUAGUUUGCAUCACAUAUUAUAGCCACAUUUGCAGCCAUAGCAACCACAAGCAUUGUCAACCUUGGUAUUGUUAUAUGAAAAAAGAUCAGCAAAGAGCACUCAAACUUUUGGAGAAGGCAAAUGAGUUGGAUCCUGACAACUUGGUGCUCUACCAGGAGUACGUGAAGCACCGGUUCGGGAGGAAUGUGGAGCCGAUCCCCGAGCUGAACGUGGAUGAGGUGGAACCAUGGAGGAAGAAGUUCUAUGCCAUGUGCUACAACAGCACCAAGCCGGCCAGACUCAAAAGACAGAUGCUCAAACAUCGACCAAUGAAGUGUCGCUUCAGAGUCUCCAAGAGUGUUCCCUACGCCAGGUACAAGGAGGAGGUGCUAAGUAAAUCUCCGUAUAUCUCUCUCAUCCUGGAUUUUGUCAGCACACGCGAGGCAGAGACUAUACAGAAUGAGACGCUUCAUCUCCUGACGGACAAAACCCUGCCUGGCAUUGACCCAUACGUCUUGUGGCACUACAAGGGCGAGACCAUAAGCCGACUUUCCCAGCGAGCUGGCGAGGUCACGGGAUUAGAUGUGCAUCAGAAAGACAAUAGGAAAUUUGUAGGCGAGCCGGUGAUAGAUUUCGGUGUCUCAGGGCUGGCUCUGCCUCACAAUGAACUGCAUAUGUUGUCGGACGUGGCGGCAGGGGGAGCAACUGUAUUCAUUGAGCAGAAUAUUACAGUGAUUCCAAAACAGGGUACGGCAGUACUGUGGUACAACUACAAGCCGUCUGGAGAACCGGAGAAUAGUCUGCUGUCUGCGACCUGCCCUCUAGCCGUGGGACAAAAUAUCGUGCUGGAGAAAGGAAUAUGGCUACAACCCAACCAGCCGACAUCGUUCUGUGGAAGGAACCCAAAGUCCACCUUCUGGACCGCAGACAGAAUCCAGACUCACCAUCCAGUCUUAUUUAGAUAG